AUGACAAGACCAAAAUCCUUCUUGUGUUUUGACUUUCAUCACGGGCGCUACAGGCUUAUCACGGGCGCGAUCAAUGUGACCAUUGAAUGUCCAACGACUCUUUCUGAGUACCCCUAUCAUAUGCUGACACCUGCCCUUCUCCCAUUGGUGGAAUCUAGAAGAUUCAAAUAUCACGGGCGUGAUGACAGUUUGUGUUUAGCCUUAAAAAGGCACAUUAGCUUUGGUGCUCCUCAUUUACUUAAUUGCGAGUUCAAGAUCUUGAUGGCAACCGAAAACUUCACUCACACUCUUCAUUCGUUCUUUGACGGAACGGAUUUUCCUAAUUGGAAAUUUCGUAUGGAAAACUACCUUGAUAUGGAAAUUUCGUAUGUUGCUCCUACACAAGAGUUAGAUGGAAACAUCAUACCUUGGCCAAGAAAGGAUUGGACUAGGGAACAUAUUCAAGCCAAUGCUCUCAACCGGAAGGCCAUUGGUGUUAUCUUUUCUUCCUUGGGUAGAGAAGAACAAGGAAGGGUUCAAUAUUACACAACGGCUCAAGAUAUGUGGAGGAUUCUUGAGAACUACCGUGAGGGAACGGUUCAAGUCAAGAACAAGAAGGUUAAGCUUCUCAUUGGAGAAUAUGAAGGGUUCAAGAACAAGCCCAAUGAGAGUGUAACCGACACUACCAAUAGGCUUCUUUCCAUCACUACCAAUCUCAAGAAGCUAGAAGCCCAUGAUUUGAAGAAAUUGAGAACCGAUGAACUCAUUGGAAACUUGCUUCUUCAUGAGAUGACUUACAUGAAAGAAAUUCAAGAGUUGAAAAAGGUUCAAGAAGAGAAAACUAAGGGUAUUGCUUUAAAAGCUAAAACUAUUGAAAGUAUGGUUGAAGAAGAGAUCAAUGUUUGUGUUGAAGAAGAUGACGAAGAAAUGGUGUUAUUAUCCAAGAAAUUAAGGGAAUGGAGAACAAGGAAGAAGUCUCAAAUUCAAAGAUAUGAGCAAAAUGGUGAGUCUUCAAACUUCAAAAGAUCAACUACUCCAAAACAAGAUACUCCUACUCCUAGAAGGGAUGUCACUUGCUAUGGGUGUGGUAAACCGGGUCAUACUAGACCGGAAUGUCGGCAAGGGGCAAAAAGAUCCUUUCAAAAGGAUAAAAAGGGUUUCAUUACUACUUGGGAUGAUGAAAGUGAAUGUCAAUCCGAUGAAGAGUAUCAAGAAGAAGCAAGAGCAAAUCUUUGCUUCAUGGCUCUAGUUGAUGAAUCUCCAUCUGAGGUAAGUAAUCUACCCUUUCUCUCUUGGGAUGGUAUAGGUGUAGAAUCUCAUGAUAACUUUAGUAAUAUUGUUGUUGUGAAAAAUGUUGCUAGUGCUUCUAAUGCUGUUAAUGUUGAGAAUGUGUUGGUUGAUGAUUCCUUGGUUUAUGAGAUUGAUGAUGAAUGUCAUGACAUGAUAAAUGAACUAACUAGCAAAUGUAGUGACUAUCAUGCCAAAAUAAAGCUUUUCAAAAGGGAAGCCUAUAUGGCUAAAAUUGAGAUGCUCAAUAUGAAGAAAAAAAUUCAAGACUUAAAGUCCUCUUUAGAAUCUAUCCCUAAGCAAGAUGUCAAUAUCUUGCUUAAGGAAAAUGAAACACUAAAGAGUGAAAUUCUUUCUCUAAAUAACUCUAUCUCAAGAUUUCACAAAGGGAAGGAAUAUUAG